UUUAAAAUUGCAUUGUGCUUUCAAAAUCAAAAUUGUGUUCUGCUUUUGAAAUCCCAAUUGCGUUUUUUCAAAACCGCGUUGUGCUUUGUUUUUCAAAUUCGCGUUGUGCUUUCUAAAUCAAAAUUGCGUUGUUCUUUUCGAAAUUGGGUUUUACUUUUGUAACAAAAUAAGCGAAGCACACUGUUGCAGCUGCGCUUAGCGCAGCUGUCUAGUUUUAUAUUCACUUCAUUUUUAUCAACGCUCUAAGAAGGAAGAAUAAUCAACUACGUUUCGUUUCAUAGAGAUUAAUGAAGUUUUAAUUAAUCAACCGUAAUAGUUUUUUGUUUUAUAACUGUACGAAGGAGUCGAAGAUUUAUACAGAAGUUGAAAUCAGCAUCAUAUUAAAAAUCUCAUUUUCUGGUGGAAGAUACAAGAAAAUUAAUUAUUUUGACGAAAUCCGGAAGAAGUAGUCGCUGCUCGCUAGCUGUCGUCGAAAAUAUACAGAUACCUAUUCUAUUAAGAUAGUGAAAGAGAUAGAGUAUUAAGGUACAUGCCGUCCGUUAGUAAACGACAAGAUAAACUCAAUUCGCGAAUUACUAGACGUCCUCGUCGCUCGGCACAAGGCGGACGUGAUCGAAAGAAGAAUAUCUUUUCUAAUCUGAUUAGUUUCGUUUCGGAAAAGGCUCGCGAAGGCAAAAUGGCACUUACGUUAUUGAUGAAUUUAGCUUUCGAAAUUGUUAAAAAGAACGUUACCGCUAAUAACUUGAUGGCCACGUGCGUUAUUGGCACCUGCGUCUUUCUCUCAAGAUACACUAUCCUGUUUUUGAAUCCGAAUAACGAGGAGAUUAUCAAAAAACUCGAUACAAUCACCCACAAGUUGGAAUUAACAGAAAAUAACCUCAAACACGAAAUCGAUUUACUCCGCAAAGACGUCGAAUUGCUCAAAGUUGAAUCUACCUCACAUCUGAACGCCAAUCUUGAAGACAUCAAUAAGAAUAUUAAUUCCCAAUACGGAAAGUUACACGGUUCAGUAACGAAAUUACGAAGCGACACGGGUAACUUCUUCAGUUCGAUGAUGUUUAAUAUUGUUGAGAAAUUCCAGGAAUUAACUUAUGCGAUUAUAAGAAACACGAAUAUGUCGAAUACGGAUGGUCAAAGGCUACAGGAAUAUUUUACCCGGCAAGAUAAUAAAUGUUUUAGAGAUCUUGAAGCUUUCGGAUUCAAGAAUUGGGAUGGUCGUUGCCUGAGACGAUGAUGCGCGUAAAAUAUAAUAAUUUCGAAAGCGAAUAAGGUAUUUUUAUUUCUUUAACAUGUACUCAUUUUUAUGUUUAGUCUGAUUAAUGAUUUGUGUAUCAUGUGAUGUAUUUUUAUAAGAUUUUAAAAGUUGUCUCCAAAACUACCUAUGUCCUUUUUUUAUUUGUAUUGUGAUAUCCUACUUAUUUUAGUUAUUCAUUUUUAUGUUGUAAUUUCAAUUCAAUUUUUAAAUUCGUACAUCUUUUUUUAAAAAAAAAAUCGUUUAAAAUAAACACGUAGAUGUUAAUGCAAUACAUGAAAUAUUUUUAAUAAUCCAA